AUCCUCUUUUGUGCACAAUAAAUAAUGCUGGUGUGUUUGUUAUAAAUCAGUGGCAGCAUGUGAAUCUGAAAGCACUCUUACUGAUUUUGAUUUCUUGUUAACUUCUCAGAUCCAAGGAAAAACUGUGAAAUCAUUAUCAGGAUGGAUUCAUUAGAAAUCGACGACGCCUAUAUAAAUAAGAACUUAAGGAUGGAUGACCACAUUAGCAAAGUGGAUUUUCAGAGAAGAAAGCAGCCCUCUAGAUGUAGAUGUACGAGUGUGUGUCUUGGAUUACUGUGUGCUAUCCUGUUGGCUGGUAACAUUGGACAGAUUUUCUACUAUGAGAUCAUCGACCGCCUCACGUCCAGUUACAUUCCGGAAAAACUCAACAACACAGAAGAAGACCGACUGCAGAAAUCUUAUGAUGCUUUAACUGCAGAGAAAAAACAGCUAGAGGUCAGACUGAACACCAUGACUAAAGAAAACGAUCAGAUGCAGACAAACUUUAAUAACGUGGAGAGGGAUCUUGAGGCGUUACGGACUAAUCACAAUGACCUGACAGCAAGAAACAACCAGCUACAGACCAAUUACAAUAACCUGCAAAGAAGUAAUGUUAAGUUACAGACUACUUUCGACCAGGUACAGGGGAAUUACUCUUCACUGAAGAGGGACAAGGACCAGUUACAAGCAAGUUACAACACACUGAAUAUAAGAAGAAAUCUCCUUCAGAUUGGCUACAACUUGUUACAGAAAGACAAAGAGCGAUUGCAAAACAGUUAUGACAUUGUAAAAACGGAAAAAGAGCAGUUACAGACCAAUUACAGCAGUCUGGCUACAAGUGAAGAGCAGUUACAGAAGAAGAUCGACAAAGCAAGAAGAAGAAUGGUCUGUCAGACAGGCUGGCAGAAGUUCGACCUCAGCUGUUACUUUGUUUCAACUGUGAAGAAAUGCUGGCUAUGCAGCAGACGAGACUGCGUCGCCAAGGGAGGAGAUCUGGUCGUCAUAGACAGCAGGGGUAAACAGGAAUUUAUCAACAGCUUACUGAAGAAAGGAGAACAUGCCUGGAUUGGUCUUUCUGACAGGAUCAUAGAGGGAGACUGGACAUGGGUGAAUGGGGACCCAGUCACCACGACGUACUGGGAGCCUGGGCAGCCAAACAGCGUAUAUGGGGAGCAGGACUGUGCAACUUUCAUGCAGAAAUCAUCUGGAAUGGGAGAAUGGAACGAUUUAGGCUGUGAUAAUAAACAGAUCUAUAUCUGUGAGCUAUAAGCUCACAAUGAUUUACACCUCACUUACAACAUGAUGCUAGUUUGGGUUUUUCUACCCUGCUCCUGUUCUGUCUUGUGUUCAUCCCUCACCGUUUUAUUACGGUGAUAGUUGUAGUCGACAAAAUUACGCAUUUGUUUGUAGACUACAACUUUUCAUUCUUUUUCUUAGAUUCCAAAUUCCAGGAACAAUGGGUCUACUCUGGUGGUUGUUGUGGGGGUUUGUGAAUUUUAUGUAAAAACUAUAAAAAGACUCUCAAAGUUAUGCAGCCAACAUUUUUACUUAUUUGUUCUAUACUACAAGAGUACUGGAGUUUUGACCUCACCAGAGUGCCAGAUCAUUACAAAAGUUAUUUUGUAACACCUUUCAUAUAGAGCAGGCUAGACGAUAAUCUUACUCUUAAAUGAGUUACAACUGUUUAAGCUUUUGUUUAGCUUAAAGAAACUUAAAAUAUAUGUAACAAAACAAUCAAAGCUUACCGCUUCAUUUUACUGUUUUAAUGACCAAGUGUGUAUAUAAUGCUUAUAAAUGUUGAAUAAAGUGUUUUCUUUUCUUUAUCCUCUACAAAAUGUGAUUCAAUUUAAAUAUUAUUCCAAUAAGAAAUCAGGUUAAAAAAAAAAAAAAAGUACUGCAUGUGAUUCUGUAAACUUGAUUGUAUAAUGUUUGAGAAAUUGCUGUGGCUCUGCUUCUAAUUUCCAACAUACUUUUAAACUUUGUAGUUGCAGACCUGAAAUCAGAUGGCAGUUAAUUUGCAAAAGGCUUGUUUUAAAUAACCAGUGAGAAUUUAAAAUAAAUGUUCAUUGCAUGGUUCAAAGAUGAUGAUGAAGAUUUUUGAUGAUGAAAACAAACGAUUAAAGACUUUUCCAGUCAGAAAA